UACAAGACCUAACGUACGUCAUCGUCACCCGCGAAAUUCAACGGUAUCAAUAUUAUGGAAUCUACCAGUAAAUGUUGGAUUUACUGUCUUCAAGUGUCCCCGCUUUGAUGUGACUUCAUUCGAUCGUUUUCUAUAGAGUAUAGCCUAGGAUGAAAUGAAUCAUGGCUAGACUCCAGGGAUCACAUCAUCUUCAAAGUCAAUAUUCUUCCUAUUUUCCACCUGCUCCAUCUAAACACCAACCAACCAGUGACAACAUGCAGAAACCUGCAAUCAAACACAAUGUCUUCAAAUUCCCUUUGACCAAGAAUAUUCUCUGGGACCAGACCCCAAUAGGACCCUCAAUUCAUCUUCAUCCAAUGCAUACAAGGAAUAUAUCCAUGCGUGUAUCAGAAGCUGCCGUAAGGCUAGCUCACAGACAUGCCCUUCAAGCUGAUGUACAACCAUACAAUGGAUUCCUGAUUGGAGCAGUGAUGGUGGAUCCAGAUGAAGAAGGCUUGACUGUGUCUUUAGAUCGCUUUGAUCCUGGUCGUGAUGUUCCUGGUCGUAAGGCUCGUCUCCCUACUGCAAGGCUACCAGCAGAUUUCAUUGUUCCUCUUACAACCUUCCUAGGAGAUGCAGACAUCUCAGCUACACACACUGCAGAUGAUUUCAUUGCUGCAUUCAAGAUUCUUGAAAGCAGCCUCAGCACACAUGGAUCGAUUGACCCUGCCAGAUGCUUGACCCUUCGUGUCAUGUGUCGUUGCCAUAGCAAUGCAGAUGACAUCACCCUUUGUCUUCAUUUUGGAGCUGUGACCGUGGCAACUGUUUUCACUGGGUUUCAUGUGAAACCUAUUCCCAUCAUCCCAACUGCUUUAGCCAGAAAUUUGAUGGGUCCAUUGUCUUUGAGUGAUGUUCAAGGCUCCUAUAAAACAGGAUUUCUGAGCAUGGAUGAGACAAGAAAAUUACUGCUUCUUCUUGAAAGUGAUCCAAAGACCAGUACCAUACCUCUUAUUGGCAUAUGGAUGAGUGGUUUAACUCACAUGUCUAACCCAGUUGUCUGGUCGGCUUGUUUACGGUUUCUCCAUAGUAGUGGCAUACAGGAGAGGGUGUGUUCUCCAAAUGGUAAAUUCCUUGUGGUAUUGUUCACACGUACAUCUCGUCAGCCUCUCUUCUACGAGUGCAUGGUGAAGUCUGAACAGGAUCCCAGGUUCAUGCUGGUCGGCUGUCGUGAAAACCUCCACGUAUUCAAGCAUGUGAGUGCCAAGGGGAAGCCGCGAGUGGAGAUGGAGCUGACACCUGCUCGUAGCGGACCCAGCAAGUCUCUCUUCAUGCAGUCUCUGUCUCAGCUAACAUCAUCUCAGAAGCACCAGAGGUCAAGCAGUAGGAGAAGGAGUAGUGCUACCGAAGAGUCGCAGUUGGUGCCCAGGCCAAGCCCUAAGCCUAUGUUGGAUAAGAGCCCUUCAGUGUUGCCAUCAGUUCCUGAGCUAUCUUUCAUAUCAGACAGUUUUUGUGAACCAACGGACCGUAGGAGAAAUGACCAAGUCACUGCUAACGUCCAUCCCCAACACCAACCUGACCAUGUCGUCCAUAGACAGCGUCUCAGUGGUCAGAGUGAGGUCACUGGCAUCAACAAAAAGAUGUCUGUGAAUCGUAGAAGACUUCACGGCACUUCAAAGACACCACCGCAAGGUCAACACUCUACAGGAAUGAAAGGAAGUGAACUGAUCAGUAAGCAGAACCGGCCUGGUCCACUCCGAGCUCUUAAUGGCCAGGAAUUGGAAACUGCAAGAAGAAAAGGGGGCCAUAGUGGUGAGACACAGGAUACAGUUAAAAAAACCAGUCAGCCAAAGGAUAAAGCUGGUAAGAUAAUGACUACUCAGUCUUCAGGCUAUGGCCGCCUUCAUCAAAGACAUACAAAUAGACCUGGCCAGGGGAGACUUUGUGCACCUCACAUUAGCCAACACAGAUCAACAGCAAGCAGUGCCGGGAACAAAUCAAGUGGUAGAUUGCAUCAGCAGCAAAGGCCACAGCCAAUGCAGCAGCCAAAAUCUUCUUCUCAGAAAAUUGAAAGUGAUUAUCAGCCAUCUCACGAGCAGCCACAUCAACAGGAAAGUGAAAUACACUCAGAGGGUAUUGGCAGUGUCCUUCCACCCCACCAGCCAGGCACUCCCACAGGUCACUACCACUCAACCAUCAACAGUCAUCUGGGAAACACAGACGUACAUGACCAUUCCAACAUACCCUCCCAUAGCUCUAGCACUGUACAGCAUAGCAUCACACAUGAAGGACAAUGCUAUGCAGAAACCUCUGAUCAUCAUCAAGAUGAUGCAACAACCAGCGGUCCUUCUAAUUCAUUCCCAAAGACUGUUGCCAGCCAUGGACACUCAAAUCUUAUGACCACCAUGCCUCAAGGACAUGUACCAUCUCCAUUGCAUUACCAGACUCAGACAGCCGAAGGUGUGACUGUUCAAAAUGCACAGAGGAAUGUGGUCGGGAGACUAGGUGCUGCUAUAAUGGGAGACCAGUCAAGAGAACUGUCUGGUUUGGACACCAAGACACUGGAACAACUCAAAAGACAAGAAGAGAUGAUUCAACAGCUCCAGGAACAGAUCAAGUUACUACUUCAAGCACACAUACCCCAGCCCCCUGCGUCUGCAUCUACACCCCUAGGUUUGAUCACACCACCUGCUACUCCUCAAGGUGCUCAGAACCUAAUCAAUGAACCCAAGGAAUCGCCUGAUGUUCACAAGGUUCAUCGUCUACCUGACACAGGUUCAUUCCACUCUAAUCCUGACACCAUGCAGUCUCCUCCUGCAGUUGUAUCCUCAUCCAAAGAACAUCAUAUAAGAGAUACAUCGACACCUGAAAAUGUAGCUGCUUUGGGAGUGCAUCAGCAAGCAACCACUGCACCAUCCACCAGGCAAUCGUUGCAGAGCCCUGUGAUGUGUAGUAUGGCUGUAAACACUGGUCAGAGCUUGUUCUGGUCCACACCUGUGGAUGACGGGGUCUCUCAUGUGCCUGGUUCACCUCCAAUGCAAUCUGAACCCAAGAUUGCCAGACGUGCAUCCACGACUUCACUUGGACCGGCAGCCAUGCUAGCUCCAGACUCGAACUCUACUCCUGUAGGAACUCAACAGUCUUCUGAUGUCCUGCACCAGACGAGGAAAGUGGUGGAGACUGCAGACAGUGUCAACAUUGGCAGUUGUGCAGAAUCUUCAAGGAAGUCAUCACAUUCUCCUCAAUCGAGUGAGCAACACACUCCACGUCAGAGCCCAGAGAGAAGUCCAGAUGAAUCAAGCCAUACCUUUGGAGCUAACCUUAGCAGCCCCACCCUAGGGGAGAGUGCCAGUACAUAUGCCCCACACCACCCCCAAACAUCAGAUGUAGAGAGCAGUGAUUCUGAGGAGGAAGGAGAGGAAGAUGAGAAUGAAAGGAGAGAUGCAGAGGAAGAGAAGAGAGCCAACAUGGCUCGUCCAAGUUUACUCUAUCAUGAUGAGAAGAAAUUCUAUGAUAACCUGUUGGGUCAAGUCCAGCAGUUGCUGCAUACCGAUGGCACUGAAAGACCUACUACACCAGAUCCUGUCCCACUAGACUGUAGUAAUGAACCUGACCUGCCUCGUGCUCUACCUGAUAUCUCAAUGGCUACCUUAGAGGAAUUAGAGAAACUUGGUAUCAAUCUACAUAGCAGUGAUAUCACCUUCACUGACAGGUCGCUCUAUAGAUCAUUGUACAACGUGAGUCCUGAUCUUCACCCUCACAUCAACUAUGUGUCCCUGGCAGACUUCACCUUUGACCCCUCUGAUCUUAGCAUGGAAGCCAACGCCAUCGCCAUGAAGUACCUUAGCGACGGCGAGCUUGCUAAGCUGUCUGCUGGUUUCCAAGGAGACAAGACACCAGGAAGACGAGGAGGAGGAGGGGGUGGAGUAAACCCUCUCCUGAGAUCAGUGCUGACUGGUAUCAGGGAAGAGGGUGGUGCUAGCGGCAGAGGGGGUGAUGUGGAUUCCAGCAUUGGUGUCAACAUGUCACUGGCGAGUCGGAAAUACAUGGAGAAAUAUGGGCUGAUGAGUGGAGGAGAUGGGGGUGCGGUGUUAAGUGCCGACUCUGCAUCCCCAAGGGGGGUUGGAAACCUACUGAAACCAUCACCGGUACGCUUCAUGAAGUCUCCUGCUAUUGCUAGAACUAACAUACCCAGAGAGGGAAGGACCGAAGACAAGCCUCGUAUGCAAGCCAAACCUACCAGACUAUGUUAUAGCCCUGCAGCAAGAGAGAUCACUUCUCAUCAAUCUGAAGGUACUGAUGCUCGUAGACCUGGAGAGGCCGACCUGACUUCAGACCCUCAGACCCCUUCAGAUCCUCAGGCCCCAAAUGUUUUAGGGCACUUGAAAGCUCAGAAGUGUGACAGGGACCCUGGUGUUAUCAUGGCAGAGGAUAGCAGUGCCAAGGGGAAUAUACUGGACAUUAGCAAAUUGAAGCAACUUCCUAAACUGCUUUAGCUUCCUUUUUGUUACAAUUGAUACUCCAUCCGGUCUUAAAGUGGCCCUUCUGCCUGGAUGUUCAUGAUGGGAAAACACUAUGGGUGGUUUUCUCGAAAGCAGACUAACUUUAGUCCAUGGUUUAAUCCUCUGACUAAGUAUGGAAUGCCAAGUGUCCAUAUGAAUAUAUUUUUAAUCAUUU